AUGAAGGACUUCGACGGUUGGACACCACUGGCAUGGGCUGCGUUUAUGGGCCACGAGGCAGUGAUAAAGCUGUUGCUCGAGGCUAGGGUAGAUGUCCACUCUGUGGAUUCGGAGGGUAGCACGCCACUGUCGUGGGCUGUAUCGGAAGGCAAUGAGGCAGCGAUGAAGCUGUUACAGGAGGCUGAACAGGUUUCUGGACAAAGACAAGAGUGUGUCAAUAUUGACAGAGCGAUGAGAUGCAGUAUAGUAUGA